GCCCCGCCUCCCCCCGGGCCCGGGUGGGAGGGCCCCGCGCGGGAAGAGGUGUAAGGAGAGGUCGGCCGAGCUGGGGCUUGACGCGGAGGAGGAAGACGCAAAGGGCGAGGGCCGCCGGCUGCUGAGCCGCCCGCCGCCUGGAGAGGGAGACGGAGGCCUGUGCUCUCCCCACCCCGCCAUGGCCCUGGUCAGCAUCAACGAGCUGCCUGAGAACAUCCUGCUGGAGCUGUUCACACACGUGCCCGCCCGGGAGCUGCUGCUGCGCUGCCGCCCCGUCUGCAGCCUGUGGCGCGACCUCAUUGACGUUGCAACCCUGUGGAAGCGCAAGAGCCUGCACGAAGGCUUCAUCACCAAGGACUGGGACCAGCCUGUGGCCGACUGGAAGAUCUUCUACUUUCUGAACAGCCUCCGCAGGAACCUGCUGCGCAAUCCAUGUGCUGAAGAGGAUAUGGGAUCAUGGCGAAUCGAUUCCAAUGAGGGGGACCAGUGGAAAGUGGAAAGGCUCCCUGGAGAUCAUGGGACAGAUUUUCCUGACCCCAAAGUCAAGAAGUACUUUGUCACAUCCUACGGCAUGUGCCUCAAGUCCCAGCUGGUGGACCUCAAGGCCGAGGGCUACUGGGAAGAGCUGCUGGACAAGUUCCGGCCAGACAUCGUGGUGAAGGACUGGUUCGCGGCCAGAGCAGACUGUGGCUGCACCUACCACAUCCGAGUGCAGCUGGCCUCAGCCGACUACAUCGUCUUGGCCUCUUUCGAGCCCCCACCUGUGACCAUCCACCAGUGGAACGACGCCACGUGGACAGAGGUCUCCCACACCUUCUCGGACUACCCUCCUGGCGUCCGCCACAUCCUCUUCCAGCAUGGGGGCAAGGACACCCAGUUCUGGGCAGGCUGGUAUGGGCCCCGAGUCACCAAUAGCAGCAUCACCAUCAGCCAUAAGACAACCAGGGAGCCAGCCUCCUCCACAGCUCGGCCUGAGAUGAUGCCAGAGCAGGAGGAAGCUGCCCGGCUGCCCUCCCCACAUCAUCUCCACAAGACCUAACAGGCCCUCCUCUGACAGCCUUUCGUCCAUCCUGUCCGGGUCCCCUCCAGCAAGAGCUGAGCCUGUAGUGGACAGUGAGGUCCCCUGUCCUGGGAGCUCCUGCCCCAGUUCCAGCCUUGGGCAAACCCACAAGCUUGUGCUAACUUACUGUCACAUAAUACACG